AUCACAAUCUCCACAAUGAUAUUGCUUGGAGCAUUUUAAGCCUUAUCCUCUACCCACCCCACACCCCUUUCUCCUUCCCUCCCUUCUCCCCAAAACAACACUUCUACUACUCAUACCCAGCCAUGACCAGCACCCAAACCACACCCAAACAACCAAAUGCAAGAAACCCACUUCCUCACCACCACCAAGCAACCCUUUUUCUCCUCCUACUCCCACCCCAACCCCAAACCCCAAUCCCUCUCUUCCUCUCACCAUGACUCUUUACACCCCAAAAACCCAAAAUCCCCCCACUUCCCAAUCCUCUCCACCAAAACCACCCUCUCCCUUCCCCUCCAAUCCCUCAAGCCACCCUCCUCCCCAACCCCCCACUCAGACUUCCAGGAAAAAGUCCUCUACCUAGACUCAAUCGGCCUCGACUUCUUCUCCUUAAUCAACCACCACCCUCCGAUCCUCUCCUCCCCUCUCCCCCACAUAAAAUCCACCGUCCAUUUCCUCCUCACCUCCAUCGGCUUCAACUCCCCGGAGCUCCGCCGCCUCAUUGGCAUGUGCCCCGAAAUCCUCUCCUCCCGAGUCGCCGAAAUCGUCCCCGUCCUCACCUUCCUCCUCCGCGAGGCCCGCGUCAACGGCUCCGAUCUCCGCCGCGUCCUCAAUCGACGCCCCAGAUUGCUUGCCUGCUGCGUCAAGACCCGCCUCCGCCCCACCCUCUACUUCCUCCAGAGCAUCGGCAUUUCCCAAGUGAACAAGCACACCUCUCUCCUCUCCUGCAGCGUCGAGGACAAGCUCCAGCCCCGAAUCGACUACCUCGAGAAAAUCGGGUUCUCUCGCCGAGACGCUCUCUCCAUGUUUCGGCGGUUCCCGCAGCUCUUCUGCUACAGCAUCGAGCAGAAUUUCGAGCCGAAAUUCAAUUACUUCGUGGUGGAGAUGGGGCGAGACUUGAAGGAGCUCAAGGAGUUUCCGCACUACUUCUCGUUCAGCUUGGAGAAUCGGAUUCGGCCGAGACACCAGCGGUGUGUGGAGAAAGGGGUUUGUUUUCCUCUGCCUGUUUUGUUAAAAACCAGUGAGGCUCGGUUUCGGGAUAGGCUGGAGAUUUUUUGUAAUUCUUCCAUCCCUUUCAGAAAUUCUCCUCUGUGGUGUACAAAUUCGAUUUCUGAUGAUUUGGAAAAAUGAUAAAAAUAGGUGGUCUUUUUAACAUUUUGUUCGAAUUUUGGGGGAUAUAUCUGAAAAUUAAUUUUGAGGAGUAGCAUUUUCCAAAUACCCAAUUGAAUUUGGGGGGUGGUUUGGAGAUUUCUCAAAUUUAGGAGAAGUUUAGGUAAGAAUGAUAGAGUUGUACAAUAAUACUAGAGGUAUCAUACUAUCAUAUAACACAACAAUUGAUAUGAGAAUAUGUCAUUUGCUAGUAAUAAAUGUGGUUGAAACUUGGAAGUGGA